UCCGGCUUGACAGAAAACAUAGCGCCGCGCGCCUCACUCACUCCUGUUGCUCGAAGCCCCUCGGCGCUCGACACUAUCCUACAGUUCAGCUCGAUGGGGCACACGGGAUCGGAUGUGUCCCAGCGCACCUCUGUUGGCAGUGUUCCAGCCGCCGUUGUUGUUACGACUUCGUCCAAUCGCCACAGAGACGACUCUACCGAUCUUCCCCCUCAGAGAGAUAGCGUCCCCAAGACUUCUCAAGCGGCAAGUACCUCGGCUGUUGCUGUUCUUCCAUCGCCUGAGAAACUCAUGUCAUCAGCCCCUCCAAACCAAAGCCCUCUCGACCAAAGCCCAACCCCAACCAAGGAUGCCGUUUCCAAACUCCUUGCCGAUGUUUGCAUUGCCAAGGAUGAACCAGCCCAUGGGGCCUCUGUGAUAUACUCAGGCCUUCCAACAACAGCAAGCAGUAUGUCUCCACAGCUUUCCGCAUCAGCACCACAAAAUGAGAAUGCGCAAGCGUCGACACUGCCAAAGGAUAUUGUUGAAAAUACAACUGAGCCAUUGUCGUCCCCGAGACAUGUCGAAGCGAAGGAUUCACCGAUAUCUUCCUCUGCUAUCGGGGCCAUUCUUGGUGGAAUUAGGCUGCCUGCAGCGGACGCUGGACCAGCACAAUCAAAGUCUCCAGGCUCGGCAGCAGCCAAGAGUCUUGUCCAAGCGUCUCCCGGGUCUGAGAAUACCACGCACGUUGCCAAGACUCCCAUCGAGACCGAGCGGCCCAAAGAUCUACCCCUGAUGACUGAAAUCGACCACGCCGUCAAAGUUGGAUGUACAGAGAUUUCGUCGGAGAACAAAAUCACAGACCCCCUGCCAGAGCGACCCGCCUCGCAUAGGUCUCUCCUUGGGAAGGCCAAGGAUGCAUUCAAAAAGAAAAAGAAGAGCGCAAACGGCAGCGAUGCUGAGGACAUGGGCACCUCCCUCGGGAGCCUGGAUGCACUUGGUCAUGCCGCCAAUGGCCAGGUCCUUACAGAUUCGCUUGAAAGAGCGGACGAAAUCGAUGAAAGCGAUCGAGCCUCCAUCUCCAGCACCAGGUCGCAUUCCUCUCUCGCGAGCAAAGCAAAGGGCCUCUUCAAGAAGAAGCGAAACGCUCAAUCCUCGGACAAACUCGGAGAAUCAGCAGAUACGCAUGAAGGUCACUCGUCGGCGGCGAAGCUAUCAAAGUCCAAGGCGUCCCUCGGCUCAGUCAACGAGCUAAUGAGCGAAGAUGAAGCCCAUGGCUACUCCGAAGACGACACCCGAUCCAUCAAGAGCACAAAGUCCCACGGCUCCUUGGCAGGAAAGGUCAAGAAGAUAUUCAAGAAAAAGGGCAAGAGCGAAGUUGAUCGUACUGACGAUGAUUCCAAGGCACCAUCGAUUUCCAAACAGGCCCUCGGUGCUGACCAGGAUUACUCGAUGGGUGGACUGCGAUCGGGGGACGCUGAAAUACAGGCUGUAGCAGAAGAAAACGAAGUCGAUCAAGAGGUCGUUGAUCGUUUUAAGAGAGAACAAGUUGCCAAGGAAGCUGACGAGGCCAGGAAGGCUCAAGAAGCACAGAGGACCGAGGAACUUAAGAAAGCCGAGGAAGCCAGGAAGACCGAGGAAGCCAAGAGGGCCGAGGAAUUGGCCAAAGCCCAAGAAGCCAGAAGGGCUGACGAAGCACGAAAGAUUGAAGAAGCUAGAAAAGCCGAGGAAUCAAAGAAAGUCGAGGAAGCCAGGAAGGUUGAGGAAGCCAGAAAGAUUGAAGAAGCUAGAAAAGCCGAGGAAGCCAGGAAAGUUGAGGAAGCCAGGAAGGUCGAGGAAGCCAAGAGGGCCGAGGAGCUAGCCAAAGCCGAGCAACUAAGAAAAUCCGAAGAAGCUAGAAAGGUGGAAGAAGCACGAAGGGCUGACGAAGCAAGAAAGAUUGAAGAAGCAAGAAGGGCUGAAGAAGCCAAGAAAGCCGAAGAAGCUAGAAAAGCCGAGGAAGCCAGGAAAGUUGAGGAAGCCAGGAAGGUCGAGGAAGCCAAGAGGGCCGAGGAAUUGGCCAAAGCCCAAGAAGCCAGAAGGGCUGACGAAGCACGAAAGAUUGAAGAAGCACGAAGGGCUGACGAAGCAAGAAAGAUUGAAGAAGCAAGAAGGGCUGAAGAAACAAGAAAGAUUGAAGAAGCACGAAAAGCUGAGGAGCUUGCCAAAGCCGAGGUUGUCCGGAAAGCCGAAGAAGCCAAGAAAGCCGAAGAAACCAGGAAAGCCGAGGAAUCCAAGAAAGCCCAAGAAGCCAAGAGAGCCGAGGAAGCAAAGAAGGCCGAAGAAGCCAGGAAUGCCGAGCAGCUGAGAAAAGCCGAGGAAGCAAAGAAGGUUGAAGAAGUCAGGAAAGUUGAGGAGACAAAGCGGGUCGAAGAGGCAAAGCGUCUCGACCAAAUUAACAAAGCCGAAUCGGUAAAUAGAGCCAACGAGGCAAGAAAAAUCGAAGAAGCCGGAGAAUCAACGUCGGUCCAGCCGGUACUGGCAUCUGCAUACACUGCUGAGCAAAGCAAGCGAACAAAGAUCAGCUCGCCUCCCGAACCAGACCAACAAUCCAGUCAGCCGAUUUCCAAUGUCGCUGCAGCUGCUGAUACCAACGCAGCUGACAUCUCAAGCGAAGAGCGAGAUCAACCCGCUGUUCUUGAUCGUGGUCGGUUUGUCAACGCCUUUGACAUGCAAAACAUCGAGAAAGGUGGUCAUGGGCCUCCUAUCAAUCCGUCCGAGUCCACGGGAAAGCUUGCACAUUCAAAAACCGAGGAAUCAGUUGCCUCUCUCUCCAAGGAGAAAAGUGAGCGCAAGAAGUCCAUCGGCGACUUGUUUAAAAAGAAGGAUAACAAAUCAAGAGACUCUCUGAAUCAGCCAAGAGCUCGCGAGUCCGUUUCCGAGCUUGCAAGCUCCGUGUCGGUUGCUCAAACACAGCUUCCUGGCAACAGACAACUGGAGGAUCAACUCAAGGCCAAGGUUCAGUUUGGCAAAGGAACCAAGUGCGAUGUUGCCAUCGAAAACAUGGAGCUGACAUGCAUCGAAUCCGGAAAAGGAAAGUCCCCAGCCUACUUCUUCCCGAUUCCCAUGUAUAAGAUCAUCUCCGCAAAGCAGACCAAGAGCGAUGUCGUUUUCUACGCUUGUACUUCUCGUGAAAGUGGGCAAGAUGGCUCAAAGUUCAAAGAUGUACAGUUUCAGAUGGCCUCUGAGAUGGAGGCAUCAAUCUGGGCCGACAACUUGAUUCGCUUGGCCUACGGAGGAGACCUGAAUCCAUAUUUUAUGAAGAAGAAGGUCAUAUUCCUUGUCGACAAGUUCGAGGGCAGCUCGGCCACCAAGCUCAUCGAGAGAUACAUGAAGCCUGUUCUUGAUUGUGUCGCAAAGCCUUUUGAGAUCAAAGCAACGCCGUUCAAUGAGCUGAGCGUCAACAACAUCUUUAGCGACGCGAACUUCAAGACGCUAAGCAACAUUGUUUGUGUCGACAAUGACUUUUGCUCCCGUGCUGCACAAAUUAUCGUUCGCAACCAGUACGCAGAUAACCCAGGUACGAAAUGGAUAUCGGGGUAAUCGGGAAACCCACAGUGAGAAUCGAGUGUGACAAACAAAAUACAU